CCUUAGAGCUGAGACACGGACAGACAAACCUACUCCUGCACAUAUCUGAGGUGACCUGUACCACAGCCGAAAGACAGACACACGGACGUCUUCUGCGACGAUGCUGUUCCUUUUCGCUGUUCUGCUGCCGACUGCUCACGCCGUCACCCCGGACCCCUGCUCGGCCUACAUCAGCCUGAACGAGCCGUGGAGGAACACGGAGCACCACGUCAACCAGUCGGCGGGCGUGCCCGUGUGCGACGGCCACAUGGACGGGGAGUGGUACCGCUUCACGGGAAUGGCGGGGGACGCGAUGCCCACCUUCUGCGUGGGGGAGAACCACUGCGGCACGCACGCGCCCAUCUGGCUCAACGGCAGCCACCCGCAGCCCGCCGACGGGGUGGUGUCCCUGCCCGCCUGCGCCAGCUUCGGCGACAACUGCUGCCAGUGGAACGCCACCGUGGAGGUGAAGGCCUGCCCGCGGGGGUACUACGUGUACCGCCUGCCCCGCCCGACCGUCUGCUUCCACGUCUACUGCGGCCAUUUCUACGACAUCUGUGACGAGGUGGAGUGCAAGGCCCCGCAGUGCCAGGAGCCUGAGUGUCGCUGCGCGGCUGGGACCACCCUGGGGCCCGACGCACAGACCUGCCUGGAUGUGAAUGAGUGUGAGCGGGACGCUGGGGGCUGUGCGGAGGUGUGUGUGAACACUAAGGGCUCUCGGCGCUGUGAGUGCGGCCCGGGCCGGGUGCUGGACGCGGACGGCCGGAGCUGCAUCGACAUUAAGGGCUGCCACACGGAUAAUGGCGGCUGCAGUCACGGCUGCUCCAGGGUGCAGGACUCCUUCCGCUGCCACUGCCCCCGGGGCCUGGAGCUGGGAGAGAACCAGCGCACCUGCCAGGUGCCGGUGCAGUGCAGUCCUAACUCCAUAGAGGUGUCAGUGCCCAAGGAGCUGGUGGGCGGUCUGGAGCUCUCCCUGUCCAACGCCUCCUGCCGCGGCGUCUCCAACGGCACCCACGUCACCCUGAACUUCAGCCUGAAGACCUGCGGCACCGUGGUGGAGGUUGUCAACGAUAAGAUCGUGGCGACCAACCUGGUGACCGGCCUGCCCAAAUCCAGCCCCGGGAGCAACGGCGACAUCAUCGUGCGCACGAGCAAGCUGCUGCUGCCGGUGACGUGCGAGUUCCCGCGGCAGUACGAGGUGUCGGACGGCUACCUGCCCAGCCUCCGCAGCGCCGCCCUGCAGCUGGCCGGGCACAGCCAGGGCCUGUUCCCCUUCAGCCUGGAGCUGUUCAAGAGCGCCGAGUUCUCCGAGCCCUACCGCUCCCCGCCCCAGCUCCGGCUGCAGGACUCGCUCUUCUUCGGCGUGGAGCCCCUGGAGCGCGUGGACGGGCUCGCCGCCCUGGUGGAGAGCUGCUUCGCCACGCCCAGCCCCAAGGCCGACGAGGCCCUCAAGUACUACCUCAUUAAGGACGGGUGUAUUUCAGAUGAGACAGUGAGGCAGUAUUCUGCUAAAGACCAGCUGUCCAAACAUUACCAGGUGCCUGUCUUCAAGUUUGUGGGAAAAGACAACCGGGAGGUGUUCCUGCACUGCCGGGUGCUGGUGUGUGGGCAGGGGGAGGAGGACUCUCGCUGCUCUCAGGGUUGUCUCAGACGUCUGCGUCGGGAGGUAGGGGCUGCUGCUCACCACGACCAGCAGCUGCUGACUGCCACGGCUCACCACGAUCAGCAGCUGCUGACUGGGGGCCCCAUCCACAUCCUGCCAGAACCCUGACACCCACAGAACCCUAAGACCCGCAGAACCCUGAGACCCGCAGAACCCUGAGACCAGCAGAACCCUGAGACCAGCAGAACCCUGAGACCAGCAGAACCCUGACAUCCACAGCACCCUGCGACCCACUGCACCCUGAGACCAGCAGAACCCUGAGACCAGCAGAACCCUGAGACCAGCAGAACCCUGAGACCAGCAGAACCCUGAGACCAGCAGAACCCUGAGACCAGCAGAACCA